CCCCUUCUCCCGGUGUGUUGAUGUUUACGCGAGCGUAGAAGCGUGUAGCGGGCGAGCGCUGCAGUUUUGCACGGGACGCGAGCGCGAGCGAAUGCAGGUGCGUGUGCCGGCAGACGACGUGUGCAUACCGUGACGCUGCUGUUGUCAUCGUCAUCGUGGAUAGCUACGACCACCGCCAGCAUCAUCGUCGUUACACAGCUUAUCUUCGAAAGGAGAAGAUGACGGAAGAACAGAAACCGUCGCAGGUCGGACCGAUAAGGUCCAGUAGCGAACACAGAAAGAGCACAAAGCCGAUAAUGGAGAAGAGGCGGCGAGCGAGGAUAAACCAGAGCUUAGCCGAAUUGAAGACACUCAUACUAGACGCCAUGAAGAAAGAUGUAAGUGCAUGCACUCAUCACAGCUUACCGAUGCAGGCGGCUAUAGGCAUCGAAUCAAUUCAGAGUUCGCGGCAUUCCAAGCUGGAGAAGGCGGACAUCUUGGAGAUGACGGUGAAGCACUUGCAAGCUCUGCAGCGGCAGCAGAUGGCAGUCGCCGUCAACAGCGACCCGUCCGUACUCGCCAAGUACCGAGCCGGCUACAGCGAGUGUGCGCAGGAGGUGACACGCUACCUCUCCAACAUGGACGGCCUCGACGCCGGCGUCAGAACGCGCAUGGUGACCCACCUGACGGGAGGCAUGCACGUGCUCGACGCCCAGGUGCGCUACGGCGCCGUCAUGCAGGGUAGCGGCGCCGGCAUGCAGGCCCUGCAGCUGCAGGGUAUGCCGGCCGUGCCGUCGGCUGGCCUGCCGACCGUCAGCGUGCUGCCGAAGGUGCAGUACGCCGACGCGACGACGCGCAUGUACGGUGGAUUCGGUCUGCAGUUGAUCCCCAGCACGCUACCUAGCGGUGAGAUCGCCUUCAUGCUGCCGAACCAACAGCUGCCGCCAGGGGGACUGCAAGCGGGUCACGUGAUCCCGGUCAUCGCCAACGUGCCCGACGGUGGCGCCGCCGCGGCGAUGUCGACGGCGGCGUCGGCGGUGUGUCUGUCGUCGCCGCCGUCGGCGGCUGCUGGUUCCGUUAGUCCUGCGUCGACAACAAGUAGCAGCAGCAGCAGCAGCGGCGGUAGCAGCCAGAGCAGUCUGAGUCCUGGUCGACGCUCAGUGUCGCCACCUGCCGGUAAGGCGGCACCGUCUGUUAGUCCGACGGGUCUUCUGCCGCCGCAUCAGGAGCCGAAGGAGGAGGACAUGUGGCGCCCCUGGUAGCGGAUGUCGACAACUCUCGAUGUCUGCCUCAUCUCACGUGUGCCAUAGCUGUAAAUGGGUUCUGCUUUGAAAGCCUCUGCGCGCGUGAUGCGACUGUAAAAGUUCCUCAACAAAUGCUGUUGUGCGUCUGCCACAUGAAAACCAACAAGGUAAUCGUGUACAUUCAAAUUCAAGAUGCAGAGUAAAGAUUUACCCGUUUCUUUGCCGCGUAUUUCGUAAGAAUAAUACAUUCUGAAAAUAUUCAGUUGGUAUCAAUACAAGAAGUAAUGAUUUAUAGCUACUGCUCUGUGAGUGGAAUCGAGUUCAUUCGGAAAUUUCUGCAGCAUCUCUGCAGUUGUACAAAACCCAUUGUGAAUAUGAAGGUGUGGUACUAGAGCCUGUAAACAAUCUUGCUCCCCAGUCUGUUAAAUGCAACUGUAGGAUGAAGCUUUGCCAUGCCGUACAGUCACCAUACUUCUCAUUAGAGCAUUAACAAUUUUAUUGAUCGUCUUAGUUCAUUUCAUUGUAAACGCUAUACUACUAUGAACUCAGGCCUUUACCAUGCAUGAAACAAUACGUAUCUAGGUUCAUGCAGUAGUUCGGAUAUAGAGUGCCUCACAUGCUGUGAUAUACUUCAUCACACAUUCCCGAAAUCCCGAAGAGCCGAGUGAACAACGAAUCGUAAUGAAUGAGAAGAUGGAUCAAACUAUAUUAUAGCCCUAGCCCAUCGCGCAGUAAUAGUAGGGGGCUUUGCGUGGAGACGGACGUGAAUCGCGAUGUGUGUGUGGGCCUAUUAUCCCAUUUCGAACUAAUUCGUGCGGAGGACCAAGCCAGUCACGCUGCGUGCGAUUUGUAACGGUUUUGUACAAAGAUUGUAAAUAUGUUUCGCAAAUAAUAAAUUUAUCUCUAUUUGUUGUAUUACAACCCUGAA